AGCAACAUGGCGGCCACGUAGGAGACCACUCUUCUUUGAGUAUACAAACGUUUUUUAAACGUAAAAUUAAUAAAACAAAGAGCUGUAUAGCUAGACCAACCAAGAUAUGACUACUGGAGCGGUAUUGUUCAUAUCAGUUAAAAGAAAUCAUGGCCGAGAACAGAAACAUCGGCGUGCGACAAAUAACAGACGCGAGAGAAAGUCGGAGCAGAACUUUUAAAGUUGCCCCGAAGAAAAUGAAAACAAAGAGACACAUGAUCGGACUUAAACAGUCACAGUCUCCUUCUUGUUAUAAUUCGAACAACUGUCACAAAGAUUUUACAACCCCAAAACGAAGACCAAGAGUCAGAUUCAACGGUUCCUACGGUGGAGAUUCGCCUAAUGAGACUGAAUCCCCGCAAGAUAUCAUCUGGGAUCCAAACUCACCCACGCAAGAUUUGAAUGGACAAGGUGAUGGGAGAGUCAUUGAAAUAUCAGAGAUUGUCAACAGAAUUGCACCGACAGUUGAGAAAACCAAAGAUGGAGACUCGGUGCUCCAGUGGAUUGGAGACAGUGCCAUUCCUUGCACUCCAGAAAUUCGACAGCCCAGAGUCAGGAGGAUCUCCACACGGCAGAGCAAUGUUGAGGACUUGAAGAAACUUGCAAAACAGUUUGACAUCAGUAUGACUCGCCAGGACAAAGAGAAGGCACAAGAGAGCACAGAAGGAAAAAAUAAACUUAAUAAGCUACAAAGUGAUGGUGCAAUGACAAUGCAGAGAUCACCAUCAAUCCCAGUCUUGUCUGCAAAGCUAGAGGAAGAGGAGCAGGAGCUUCAGGCGCUGUUUGACGGUCCCACUCAGCAUGUAAGUGGGAGACUGAGCCCACCAUCAGUAAACUGCACUCCAGAAAACACAACUGAACCGGUAGCUCAGGUUGAUCUGAGAUCGAGUUGUGCAUCUAAAACUACAAAUUUUGACGAUGACUGGGAAAAUGACGACCUGCUAAAUGACUCGUUUGUGUUAGAAAUGACACAUAAUCCAGGUCCUAUAAAUGUACCUCAGAAACGAAGCACUGCUCUGCCUGAACCUUCCACUUUAAAAUGCCAUUUUGUGACCAAGAUUAAUCAAUCUAAUGCCAGAAGCAUCUGCACAGAGAGUCAACAGAGUACCAGUAAAAGCAGCACCUUUAUCAAGACACUUCCCGAAGUCAAUGCAUCAAAUCAAAGCACUUUUAGGCCGAAGCCAUCCACUUCUGCCAAGAAUCAAAUUACUGAGAAGCUGCUAAAGACUGCGCCUGUGAACCAAGUAAACCAGCAAGCUUGUUCAUCCCAGCAUACAGGAAAAGCGGAGCUUGAUGAAGCCUCCAAAAACAGCGGAGCUUCAAGCCAGGCCUCUUCUCAGUUUGAUGGGGUUUCAGAAGAGGACAUGAAGUCUCUAUUUGAUUCUGACGGUCUGUGGAAUGAUGAAGAUGACGAUCUGCUUUUCAAGGUUUGCGACGAUGUGGAGAAGUUAUCUGCCAGUCAGGAACAGCAAAAACUUGCACAUGAGUCUAUAAGCUCUGCCUCUAAAGCACCUUCCUCUUCCAACACCAUUGGCCAAUCACAAGCACCCACAAAGUCCAUACGAGUCUUUGCUCGCUCAAAUUCGGUACCAUGCACAAGUGGAAGCUCUGGGUUUAUUCUGGGAUACAGUGUGUUACCAACUUCUGAAAGUUCCGGCUCUGGUUCAGGAAAUCAGAGCGCUCAGCAUUAUGGGCAUGCACAAAACAAUUCAGACUUAGCACACAAGACUGGAGUCAGAGCCAUGGGCUCUUCACAGACUGGAGGAAAUACUUCUAAAUCCCACCAUUGCACGUUCAAGAGACAUCUGUCAGACUCUAUGACGCUCACCAACAAAGUUUUUAUUUCUUCCCACUCGACACCCAAGUGUUCAGCUGCUGAGAUAGAGAGGAAGAAACAGGAAGCCAUUGCAAGGAGGAGAUUACGGAUGCAGGCCAGCCAGAAAACUGGAGCACCUACGUAAGAGCCGGUACUCUACCGAAUGCACUGGGCUGAAAAGGACUAAAUUAUGGGAUCAUGACGACACUGUAAGCAUUUCAAUGUAGCGACAGAGUAGCCUAACACUAAUAUGUGUGUUUUAAGUAGUGUUGUCACAAUACUGGAAUUCGAUACCAAUCAGUACUGAAAAAAAAAAAAAGUCAAUUUCUUGCUAACAUUUGAGCACAUUCUUUAACACAGCUGAUUUGCCAUUGUGUUCAUGCUCAACAGAAAUGAUUGGCUGUGAAGGUUAUCAGUUCACCGAACUCACCUCUGUUUACAGAGUGUGACAACAGAUACAGGGACACUGGAGUGUUUUAAAGACACGAAGAUCAGCUGGUUUGUUUAUAAGCUGACAUUCAAGUGAUCCUCUGAUUAAUCGACUGAUCUUCAUGGCUUUAAAAUGCUCCAGAGUCUCUGUAUCUGUGGUUACGUUCAGUAAAUAGACGUAAGUUUGGUGAACUGGCCAAUCAAUGGUGUUUCUGUUGAGCAUGUGAACGCAAUGGCAAAUCAGCAGUGUUAAAGAAUGCAUUGAAAUGUUAGCGGGAAAUGGAUGUUUUUUAAAUUUCAGUAUCGAUUGGUAUCGAAUUCCAGUAUCGUGUCGGUACUCUACCCUAUGCAUUGGGCUGAUCAGGACUAAAUUAUGGGAUUAUGACACUGUAACCAUUUCAAUGUAGCAACAGGAGAGCUUAACACUAAUUUGUCUCUAAGUAAUGUUGUCAUGAUACUGGAAUUCCAUACCAAUCGUUACUGAAAUUUAAAAAAUGUCCAUUUCUCACAAACAUUUGAGCGCGUUCUUAAACGUCGCUGAUUUGUCAUUGUGUUCAUGUGCUCCACAGAAAUGAUUAGCCAUCAGUUCACUAAACUCACCUCUGUUUACUGAAUGUGACAACAGAUACAGGGACGCUGUAGUGUUUUAAAGACACGAAGAUCAGCUGGUUUGAUUAUAAGCUGAUAUUCGAGUGAUCCUCUGAUUAAUCGACUGAUCUUCAUGGCUUUAAAACGCUCCUGUGUCCCUGUAUCUGUGGUUACAUUCAGUAAACAGCGGUGAGCUGAUGACCUACGCAGCCAAUCACAGUCAUUUCUGUUGAGCAUGUGAACAAUGGCAAAUCAGAAGUAUUUAAGAACGUGCUCGAAUGUAACGGAGAAUGGACGUUGUUUAAAUUUCAGUAUUGAUUGGUAUCGAAUUCCAGUAUCGUGCCAGUACUCUACCAAAUGCAUUGGGCUGAAAAGGACUAAAUUAUGGGAUGAUGACACUAAUCAUUUCAAUGUAGCGACAGAAGAGCUUAACACUAAUUUGUCUCUUUUAAGUAGUGUUGUCACGAUACUGGAAUUCGAUAGCAAUCAGUAAUGAAAUUUAAAAAACAUCCAUUUCCCGCGAACAGUUAAGCGUGUUUUUAAACACAGCUGAUUUGCCAUUGUGUUCAUUUGCUCCACAGAAAUGAUUGGCCAUGAAAGUCAUCAGUUCACCGAACUCACCACUGUUUACUGUGUGUAAACACAGAUACAGGGACACUGGAACGUUUUAAAGUCACUAAGAUCAGCUGGUCUGUUUAUGAGAGGACAUACGAGCGAUUCGCUGAUAAAUCGACUGAUCUUCAUGGCUUUAAAUCGCUCCAGUGUCCCUGUAUUUGUGCUUACACUCAGUAAACAGCAGUGAGUUUGGUAACCUGGUGACCUUCGCCACCAAUCACAGUCAUUUCUGUUGGACACAAUGGAAAAUCAGCAGUGUUGAAGAACGCGCUCAAAUGUUAGCGGGAAAUGGACGUUUUGAAAAUGUCAGUGCUGAUUAGUAUCGAAUUUUAUUAUUGUGACAACACUACCUAUAAGAAAAUGUUACUUGAAGAAAUCUUCUGGAUAAUGUACCAAAUGGGUGCAGUAUAACACCAAAAAAAAAAGCAAUUUCUUGCACAUUUUAGUUUCAAUAUUACAACCCAGUAUUGUGAGUAAAUUUAACGUCUGAUGUCUUCACAAUUUUUGAUGAAACAUUUUUACAGUGUGCCAUCUAAAUUGUGAUGGAACGGAUCCUAGAUUUCGGAUCAUUUCUCAGCAUGUCAACUUUUAUUCACUCAUUCCUGAAGAUGUAAAAAAAAAACUUGAAUUUUUUUGUCGAUCAAAACCUAAAGGUCCUGGCGAUCUUGUCUAUUUGUUAUCUUUAUGUUUUCCGUUCAACACAAUUGUGUUUCAGUAUUAAAAGAAGCAAACGAAAAUAAGAAACAAGCUUGGCUUUGUGUAUUGUUGCCUUCAGAAGCCUUUAUUAAAACAUUUCCAACGUCGACUGCAAUCUUUGGGUCUCUGUCAUUGCCUAAUAACAGCCUAAUGAUAUUAUUACCUCCAGAAAUAGCAAAUACCUUCAUGUGUAAUGCUCUUAAAAUAUAAUUUCUAAAAAAAUUGCCAUUUUCGGAUCUAAUAAAACAAUAUCUCUUUCCAGUUACAACCCGUCCACAUCUGGUUUAUUGUAUAUGCUCAACAGAAAUUACUGUGUUGGCCGUGAAAGUCAUCAGCUGAAUUCACAGCUGUUUACUGAGUGUAAACACAGUUUCGGGGACACUGGAGUGUUUUAUUGGCACAAAGAUCAGCUGGUCUGUUUAUAAGCGGACAUACAAACGAUCUGCUGAUGAAUCGACUGAUCUUCACGGCUGUAAAACGCUCCGGUGUCCCUGAUCUGUCGUUACACUCAGUAAAAUAGCUGUGAGUUUGGUGAAUUGAUGAUCUUCAUGGCCAAUCGCAAAUCAGUGGUGUUAAAGAAGGCGCUCAAAUAUUAGCGGAAAAUGGGCGUUUUUAAUAUUUCAGUUCCAAUUGCUAACGAAUUCCAGUAGAGUGACAACACUACUUAUCAGAAAAUGUUACUUGAAGAAAUCUUCUGAAUAAUGUACCAAAUAGGUGGAGUAUAACAUACAAAAAAAGCAAUUUCUUGCACAUUUUAGUUCCAAUGUUACAACCCAGUGUUGUGAGUAAAUUUAACGUCUGAUGUCUUCACAAUUUUUGAUGAAACAUUUUUACCGUGUGCCAUUUAAAUUGUGAUGGAACGGAUCCUAGAUUUCGGAUCAUUUCUCAGCAUGUCAACUUUUAUUCACUCAUUCCUGAAGAUGUAAAAAAAACUUGAAUUUUUUUUGUCGAUCAAAACCUAAAGGUCCUGGCGAUCUUGUCUAUUUGUUAUCUUUAUGUUUUCCGUUCAACACAAUUGUGUUUCAGUAUUAAAAGAAGCAAACGAAAAUAAGUAACAAGCUUGGCUUUGUGUAUUGUUGCCUUCAGAAGCCUUUAUUAAAACAUUUCCAACGUCG